CCACUACCCGGUCACAACACAAGGCUCCACCUCCACGACUCCGUCGACCGCGUUGGUUAGCAGCAGCGAGCUCCCCGAAUCACUGGCUUCUCCUCCAUGCCGAGGAAAGACAGUCACCCACACCACCACCACCACCAUUCGUAUUGUUUCUUUUAAAUCGGCCCUGAAUCCACCGCUGCUGUCAUGGCCUCGGACGGCAUGGACGAACGAUCGCCGCUGCUGUCGGCCCCCAACUCUGAGAACGUCAGCCCGGUGGCCCCCCCGUAUCUGCAGGAGCCGAGCCCCCGAGCCGAACUACCUCCUCCUUACACAGCCAUCGCCAGCCCGGAUGCGGGGGGCAUGCCCGUCAUCAACUGUCGCGUGUGCCAGUCGCUCAUCAACCUGGACGGCAAGCUGCACCAGCACGUGGUGAAGUGCACCGUGUGCAACGAGGCCACGCCCAUCAAAAACCCUCCGACAGGGAAGAAGUAUGUGCGGUGUCCCUGCAACUGCCUGCUCAUCUGCAAAGACACGUCCCGCAGGAUAGGCUGUCCCCGACCCAACUGCAGACGCAUCAUCAACCUCAGCCCGGUGAUGGUGAUCCCCGAGGAGCAGCCCGCCCAGCCGGCCCUGCCCGCCCAGCCAGAGGGGCUCCGGGUGGUCUGUGGGCACUGCGGCAACACCUUCCUGGGCAGUGAGGACGCCAGGUCUUCCCAGCCUCUGGCCCCCCUCCCCACUGACGGCUCCCCCCCAGCCCAGCAACAGUGGAUGGAGCUCCGGUUUAAUACGCUAGCCAAGUGCCCACACUGCAAAAAAAUAUCGUCGGUUGGCAGUGCACUCCCUAGGAGGCGCUGUUGUGCGUACAUCACAGUAGGAAUGAUCUGCAUCUUCGUCGGAGUGGGGCUCACAGUGGGCACCAGAGACUUUGCCAGUCGCUAUAAUGCGGUGUACGUUUCCUGGGCGGUGGCUUACCUGAUCGGUCUCAUCUGUCUGGUACGGGCAUGCUAUUGGGGUGCCAUCAAAGUCAGCUAUCCAGAGAACAGCUUUGCCUAGAAUGGUGCCACACGAAACCCCUGGCCUGGCACAGCCCUGCAUGAAUGGAAUAUUACGCCACUUUUCAUUAUUUUUGUGCUUCUUUUUGUUUCAGAUAUGAAUGGGAGUGUGUGUUACACAGAGCAGAACGUGUGUCGUUCUGAAGUGUGUGGGUGUCUGUCUAUUAUAGGGUGCAUGUUGUACAUUGUGUUUUUAUGAAAUUUGCUGAACGUUUAUGUUGGUCAGUCUCCUCCUACUAGUUUCCAUUGUUGAUGAAACUUGCAUAUAUCUUCCAAGGUGCAGGGGCAAUGAGCCGAAUGUGAACACAUAGGCCUAUGAGAUGAGUCAGAAAGCGGGAUUUAAAUCUCUUUUUGUCUAUCCUUGUCACUCGACAUUGUAAAUGGAUCCCUUGCUGAGCCCAGAUAUUUAGUUUUCAAUCCAGUUGGACUUGAUCUCUCUCUCUCUCUCUCUCUCUCUCUCUCUCUCUCUCUCUCUCUCUCUCUCUCUCUCUCUCUCUCUCUCUCUCUCUGUCUCUGUCUCUGCCUCUCUGUCUCUGUCUCUGUCUCUGUCUCUCUGUCUCUCUGUCUCUCUCUCUGUCUAUCUCUGAACUUUCAUAUUUUGAUAAGCACUCCUCCGUCUUCACUUGGUGAUACCCAUUCAACAUGUAGUCUUUCAUUCGCAGACCAAAACAAGACGAUGAACUCCUAAGAAAUAUGUGCCCAUUGCACUGCGAUUCAUAUGCAAUAGUACGUGUUGUUUUGCUGCUAGCUAAAAUCGUGGCUUUCGGAAGCUGCAUGUUCAUAUAGUGUAUUUUAACCAUCUACUUCAGCCUUUAAAGGCUGACGACACAUUAUAAGUCUUUGAUUUUAACUCUCGAUGUGAGCAACUUUUAAACAAAUUGUACUUAAAAAUACCUGUGCGUGGCAAUGUUGCUGCCCAGUAUUAGACAAUGAGUGUUUGUGCGUGUGUGUGUGUGUGUGUGUGUGUGUUAUGGCUUGUUUGCCAUGCCAGUUGAGAAUUUAUACUUCAUUUUUAGUUUUUCACUUAAUUUAAGUUGCUUGGAGGUGAUCAUUUUUUUAAUCGUUGAUUUUAAAUACGUGGUCAAUCCCAUCUGCAGUAUGAAUCCGUUCGCCACUCCAGUAUUUCUUUUUUGUUUUUUGUUUUGUUUUACAAGGUUGCUAAAGCCUUGAGAUUUGAUUGUGUUUUUAGCUUUUAGCUCCUUCUACCUGUGAUUUUAGAAUGUAAGCCUUCUCCCUCCUUGAGCUGGUUGCCAACUGAGUCAUGUCCUAGCUAGCAUCGCUAUAGGCUAACAACAUUGUGUCUUUUGAACAACGGACACAGUCCAAACUUCUAACCAUGUUCUGAAUGUGAUGAUGAUGAUGGUGAUGAUGCUGUAUCAGAAAGUAUUACUAAUAACGAAAAUAAUACUUUGAACCAGGUUCAAAUUCAAUAGAUAGAAAACGGUAGCGGGAGUGGAAUGAAAAAGAUGGCUCUCUGGUCUUUUUAAAAAUGAUAAUUUAUCAAUAAAAUGGAGGAAAAACGAU